CUACCGGAAAGGAAAUUAGGAAAAAAAGAAUAGAAACUAUUGUGUAGAGGUAGAACUGUAAUGAUUCGCGUACUUUCGAUUAUUUGCAAAUCAAACUAAAAGUUGGUAUUUAUAAGUGGGUAAAGAAUUUUGAUUGUUGGUACACCACUUCCUCCGCUCAUUCUUGCGCGCCACGAAACACCGACGUCUUCUGCCGGCUGGAAAGCAGCGGAUCCGCCGCCAUGGUGACUGCUUGGCGUCUCGCUCGGGCACUCACCUCACGCCGUACCAUCGCCUCUGCCAAAACCCUAAACCCUCGUCCUUCCCUCUCAGCAGCACCUCUCUGCAAUCGGAGUUUUGAGCAGCAAAAAUCAUAUGGACCAGAUGGUUGGAGACCAGAAGUGCUGCCCAAUUUUUUUGUUCACACCGCUUUAGCUGGAUUACUUGGAUUUGGAAUGUUGGAUGUAGCCUUAGCAGAUGGUGAUGAGAAAGCUGCUAAAAGCUCGCCUUUGCCUGUAAGCAGCUCGCCUUUGCCUGAAAGCAGCUCGCCUUCACCUGAAAGCAGCUCCCCUUUGCCUGAAUCUGCUAAAGUUCCUCCUCCACUGGAAUCUUCUCCUGCUGCAAGUCAGCAUAACCUGGAUGAAAUUGCGAGGAAAGAGAAAGCUCGACUAAUAGAAUUGCUAAAGAGCAAAGGAGGAAGAACUGGUUCUUAUCCUCAUUUUACUGUUUCUGUUAAGGGACAAAAGUUGGCAAUCAAGUUCCAAGUUCCUCCCUCUGCUGAAAUCCCUUUCCUAAUUGCAACCCUUGUUUCACGUCUUGGAGUCAAGGACAAAGACAAUGGUGCUGGAUCAGAUAUGAUACUGCGUGCUUGGGACAGUGGUGUUGCCUGGCAACUAGUGCUCAGUCGCCCAACAACUCCAAAAGAAGCAAUUGGAGAUCAAGGUGAUGCAAACAACAAAAGUGUGGACAAUGAAGAGUUAUGCAUCGUCGUGUUUCGUCCACUCAUUAGCUCUGAUAAAGCUGAAAUUGAGUUCAUGAAGCAGGGUAGUUUUACUUCUGAGGAACUUGAUGCUUUGGCAUCCAUCUUACAGUUAGCAGAACAACCAAGAAGCUUAGGAUUAGGGCCAAGGGGAGGUGCUGCACGGGUUCCAACAGUAGACAAGACAAUCUCUAAUCUGGAGGGAAUGGGAGUCAAAAUUUAUGGACUUAAACCUCCCAACCUAGAAGUCCCAAAUGCGGAUAUAUCUUGGGAUAACAUUGCUGGCUAUGAUAAUCAAAAGAGGGAAAUAGAAGAUACUAUAUUACUGGCUCUAAAGAGUCCAGAAGUGUAUGAUGACAUUGCCCGUGGUACUCGGUGUAAGUUUGAGACAAACAGACCGCGUGCAGUGCUUUUUGAAGGCCCACCAGGUACAGGGAAAACAUCUUGCGCUCGUGUGAUUGCUAAUCAAGCGCAAGUUCCAUUGUUGUAUGUCCCAUUGGAAAUUGUAAUGUCUAAAUAUUAUGGUGAAAGUGAGCGUUUGUUGGGGAAAGUGUUUUCACUGGCUAAUGAACUACAAGAUGGCGCCAUCAUUUUCCUUGAUGAGGUUGAUUCACUUGCUACCACUCGUGAUACUGACAUACAUGAGGCCACACGUAGGCUUUUGUCUGUAUUGUUGCGACAGAUUGAUGGAUUUGAGCAGGAAAAGAAAGUAGUGGUUAUUGCUGCAACCAAUAGAAAACAAGACCUUGAUCCGGCGUUGCUCAGUCGGUUUGAUUCCAUGGUCACUUUUGCCCUACCUGAUCAGCAGACUCGUGAAGCUAUUGUGACUCAGUAUGCUAAGCACUUGACAAAAACUGAACUUGCUGAGCUUGCCAGAGCCACCGAAGAAAUGUCUGGUCGUGACAUAAGAGAUGUAUGCCAACAAGCUGAGAGGCAAUGGGCAUCCAAGAUUAUCCGGGGACAAGCACAGAAAAAUGUGGAACAAAGCUCACUUCCUCCUCUUGGAGAAUAUAUGGAAAGUGCUGUAAAACGGCGAACUGCUAUUCUCUCUGUGGCUAAUCAGAUCCGAAAUCCUAGCCCGCUUUCCAAAAAGCCUCAGUUCGAUUUUAUAUGAAGGAUUUAGGCUAUAUUGCAGUUGACAAUUUUCCGUUAGCCAUAUUUAUUCGAAUUUGUACAUAUGCAUACAAGUUCAUCUAGUAAUCUCCCACUUCUUUUGGGAAUCUAUAAUAUAUAUAUAAAUUCGAGCAA